UCAAAACACGGAGGGAAAUCAGCAGUAGCCAGUGCAGCGUCCCCUUGUGCGGAUUCAGCUUCACCUCUGUUUUUCGGAAGUGUUUGUUGACACAAAGUGUUUUCCAUUCACGCCCGCGUACCAUGACCGAACAAUCAGCUUUACUUCUUCGAAAACAACUGGCAGAGCUCAACAAGAAUCCCGUGGAGGGCUUUUCAGCUGGUCUGAUAGAUGAUGACGACAUAUACAAAUGGGAAGUUGUGAUCAUUGGUCCACAAGACACCCUUUUUGAAGGAGGGUUUUUUAAGGCAUACCUAACCUUUCCUUAUGAUUAUCCACUACGGCCACCAAAGAUGAAGUUCAUCACUGAAAUCUGGCACCCAAAUGUGGCAAAGAACGGGGAUGUUUGCAUCUCAAUUCUGCACGAGCCUGGCGAAGAUAAGUUUGGUUAUGAAAAGCCUGAGGAACGCUGGCUUCCAAUCCACACAGUAGAGACAAUCAUGAUUAGUGUUAUCUCCAUGCUGGCUGACCCCAACAGUGAUUCACCGGCUAAUGUGGAUGCUGCGAAAGAAUGGAGGGAGGAUCCUAACGGUGAAUUUAAGAGGAAGGUGGCUCGCUGUGUAAGAAAAAGUCAAGAGAUGGCGUUUGAUUAGGAGCCAGUUGUAAAUUCCAGGUUAAAGGAUGCCUUCAGAGGGAAAAUUUCUGCAAAAAGGCUUUUGCACCCCUUGUUUUGCCAGUCAGAGAAACUGGUUGGUUUCAACCACAUUUCUUUGAAUGGUUGUCAUUUUCCACAAGAUGAGCCAAUUAGAGAACCCUACCAGCGAAAUUAACCUGUUUCCUGCCUGGAACUGUAUAUUUAAUUUUAUUUAUUUUGAAAAAAAAAUUAAUGAUGUAAGAUAUGUCACUACUGUAAAUUAACUUGCUUUUUUAUCUGCUGCUGAACAAUUUCUACUUUAUACCAGGUUUCUUAUGCAAUUUAGUGGUCAAGGUUGUCUAAACAAAACAAAAGCCCAUUCUAAUAUCAUUAGGUCAUCACUUGUCCUCCUGCUGCACACUUACAGAAUAAUGUCGUCCCCGCACUGGUAUCAUUUCUUUUCUUUUAUUCCAACACUGUUGUGAACCACUGUUGCCUUUUCGUUGGCUUCACCUCCUCACUGUUUGUUUGUUUGUUGUUUAAAGGAACAAGUUGAGAGCUUGUAGACGGAUGCUUGAGUCUAUUUCUCUGAGAAACAACCUCCUGUUAGCAUUUUCUUCUAAUGCUAGUAUAUGUCUGAAAAACCAUGACCCUCAAACCUGCAUGAUCCACUCAAACAACGCUCUUAUCUGUUUUUGUCAGUGGUGGACGUACAAAAGGAAUAACAUACAGUUUGUUUUGAGAGUUAUUGAUUUCUGACACAUUCACGAGCAUAGCUACUGCUAACGGAAGGCCUGUGCCAACUUCUCAGGAUCAAUCCCUACGUAGGCUCUCUAUGAGCGAUCAGUGAACUAUUUCUGACAUGAAGAUGUCCUCUUAUUAUCAGUCUAACAUCUUUUCACAAUGUUAUGUUUAACUUAUGUUUAAUAAGUCAUGGGCAACCAAAACCAGUCUGUGAAAAUAAACUAAGCUGUGACUAUUCCACAUCUGAGCUUACCUCGGGUUAGAAGGAGAACAUGUUUGACGAGGUUAAUCUGUGAGCAUGGGUCAUGUCCGGGUCUCCAUUGUAGAGUUAGGCUCGUCGUUCUUGUUUUUUGGCUUUGGAUCAUUGUAGGUAAAUUAUGUCAUAUUCACUGGUGGGUUUAGACUCUGAGGACUUUUCGAUUUUUCGAUCUUGAUUUGUGACUGGUUCAUACCCAAACCAUGUUGCAUCUCCUUUAUCACAGAAAUUCAAAAAGAAGAAACCUAACCACCUCGUAAAGUAUAAGUACACGUUGUGAUGAGAAUUGAUAAACAAUAGGUUUUAUUUUGGAAAUGUACACAGGACACAGUUGGGUGGAGUCUGGGAACCAUGAUGACAUCUGUCUCAAAUUAAUGUAUACAUAUUUGAAUUAUGUGACUGAGCAUAAAAAAAAAAAUCGGUCUUUUGGCGCAUGCAAUCAUUGUUGAGGGAGUUGGGUAAUAGUCUAUGACUCUGGGUUGAAUGUGACGUGAACAGUUGGUAGAUUUCUGUAGACUUGAUGAUCACAUAACUGCUGUUAUGACCUUUUUAAGUCUGAAUUUUCUAACCUACCAUGACCUCCUCUGACCGGUGUUCACUGUAUUUGCACAGAUUCGGUGCGUUUGAAAUGUCAUUAAGCAAUACGCUCUGAGAAAUGGUGUCCAGGUUAAUCCACCCUUUAUUUGUUUUUUUUGUUUUGUUUUUUUCCAUUUUGUGUCAAUGCAAUGUAUAUUGGACAUGAAUCAAUAAAGUGUGUAAACAGA